AAACGCACACGUUCCACAGUAUACAUAUAUAUGUAGUUUGAUACACACGAAAUUACAAAUUACACACCUCCUACUACUCUUCGUAUAUCUUCCUCACUGUUGCCACUGUGAAAGGCUAUGAAUUUCCAUUCAUCGGAAUAAUAAUUGUUUGAGACAUAUCAAAGUUUUUGUCGGAUUAAAAGAAAAUAAACUCGUGUUUUACUGUUUGUAUUUGACGAUUAUAAUUAAGAUUGUAGUUCAUCAAAAGAAUAAUUCCACUGAUAUAAAAUACCCUUUUUGCUUUUUCGUUUUCGUACUAGCGUCAAACGUCCUUUCGUACUUUAUAGAUAAAAAUUGUUUAAGUGUCAUCUCGUGUUCUAUUUAACCGCUUGUCGAAAUUUUAAGUGCACUAGUGGGUGUGUGUUUAUUUUUCUCAUGCAGUCAUCAGAUACAGUUGUGUGAAAAAACUUUCAAAUCGUGUUUUCGGCUAUAUACGUCAUUCCUACAAUUCGACUGUAAAGUCGAUUAUAUAUUUGUGUUUUCGAACAUGUGUUAUUCAUCAUAAAAUGGUGAUAUUGAACAGACUAGGCAAUCUGGAAAGAAGAUCACUGAGGACAUUUCAAUCACAAUCAUUUCGUCUUCAUAUCUUGAAAUCAUAGACUUUUGUAAGAGAAAUUUGUGGUCUCAACGUUCAUCAUGAACAGUUUUCAAGAUAAUCCACCAACUACGGAGACUGCAGAGAUGGAAAAACAAGAUAAAGAUGCUAGAGCAAAAACAAAAAUAAGGAGAAUGCGAAGGGGUAACUGCAAACUCAAUUCCAACGAUGGCCUCAGUCUCCAUGAUGUUUUGCAAUGUUUCAACGGCCCUAUCAGCCGAGAACAGGCUUGGGCGCUUUGUCAUCAAACUGUCAAGACUCUACUUCGUCUCCCUUAUGAUGAAAUGCGAGAAAUUACAGAAUUUUCACAAAUUAUACUCCAUAAAGAUGGACAUGUAGUAUUAGAAUUGCAGAAAGAUGCCCAGAGCUCUAUGCCAACGGAGCAAAAGGUAAUUUUCUCUCUGGGAAUUUUAAUAUUCAAAGCUCUCGAUUUUGGAAUGGAUGAGAAAGAAGAAAGGCCUCUCUCCCCUGACCUCGAAGACCUUAUAACAACAAUGACGCAUGGAGAUGAAGAAUGUGAACCAGAUACUGAGGAAAAAUUGCAGGAAACGGAUGACGAGGGUAUAGAACGUGAUUCUGGGGAAGUAGAAAUGGAUGAUUUGUCCAUGUCAAAAAAUGAUGGGACGUGUAGUCUCAAAAGUAUUUUACAGAUGUGCACAAGACACGCCCAAGGUUCCGAGGACCACGUCGACACUCAUUACCGCGCUGUCAUACGAGCUUUUGUCUCAGAAGCACUUGAACUUUCGCAGUUUCUUGAAAAAGUAACGGCCGAGAGAAAACAGGCGAAUUUGAAGAAUUUUUCGAGCCACGCUGGCACGAGGCACGGAGCCACGUCUUCCCAGCAUCUCGACACUCUGAGUUUCGAUGAUUGGACAGACAUUAGGAUUUGGCGGGCGAUACAAGCACGAUUUUGGGUACAAGUUAUCGGUGAGCUUAGAAACGGUGUAAAACUGAAAAAAGUUGAAGAGAACUUGGGAAAACGUGGUCGCUCGCGUGGACGCGGAAGAGGUGCCGAAUUCGAGCUCACGCCGUACGAAAUUCUCAUGGAUGACAUCAGAGAACGUCGAUAUCGUUUAAGAAAAACGCCCGCACCCGUUCCAAAUGCGAGUAAAGACGCGAGAACUAUAGUACUCGAUUUCAUACGGAGUAGACCGCCUUUGAAAAAGGCUUCAGAUCGGCAGCUGCCACCGGCGAAAAAGCAAAGUACCAUUCGGGAAUUACUCAUGGAAAGCAUAAAAAAGCCUCCGAGGCCUCUGAGAUCGUGUAGCCAGAGAUUGCAGCAACAAUCGCGCUUGAAUAAUUCAUUGUCUUUGCAGCAAGAGAAUACUCAAGACAAUAGCAAUCUCAAAGGUCUCGAGGGUACAACGAAACCUCGGCGAGGAUCUACGGAGGCUGAUCACACCGUUAUGAAACAAUCCCGAAAAGUCAUUCCCGUGGACUUUGAUCUUAAGCUCGACGUGGAGGAGGAUGAGGACGACGAAGACGACGAUGACGAGGAUUUCGCCGUAACGCGAUUCGAAGACGACGACGAUACGACGAACGUCUGGGAGUCCAAAGAGGCAUAUCGUUCAAGAAUUGGUACAAGGCCCGGAGGUUGUUGCGAUCUCGAGGAUGAAGACGAAGACAAGAGUUCGGCAAAUCCAUGGCGGAAAACCGGUGGAUUAAGAUUGACACGAAACGAAUAUCAUCGUUUUUGUGAUGCUCAGCUGGAGUCUUAUGAUUUAGCGACGCAGUGCCCUUCGAGACGCGCUUCGGUUCGCAAGCACACAGGUAGGGGUAGUACAGCAUCUUUUCUUCCAUUAACGGGUACGUCGUCAGUACCGCAUUCAAGGCCGCAGAGUCGUCAGCACACGGGGGUUAUGAGUUUAGACACGAGAACGAGUUUGAGUCCAAGUCCAAACGCAAGUCCGAGCCUGAGUCCACGACCCCGUGAAAGAGCAUCGCUAAAAGGUCAUGGGAUUGCGUCAUCGGAGUUUCACGAACAAAAUGUCGACCAGGGCACUCAGAAAGCUUCCCUGGGUGACAUGUUUCUCGACGAGAGAUUGUCGUUGACGCUCGAGGAAAUCGUCCACAUACGAAGUGUCCUCACCAAAGCUGAAUUGGAAUCAUUGCCUGUAGAAGGACGCGUCAAAGAGGACGUUGAGAAACGACGCGUUUGCUUCCUUUGCCUCAAAACUCGUUUUGGACUUUUGGGACCUUGGGGACAACGAUGUCGUCUUUGCGAGAGAACAGUCUGUGUUAAGUGUUACUCAAAGAUGCGAAUUCCUACCGAACAUUUCGCCCACGUGCCCGUCGUGCUUCUUUCGCCUGGACUUCUCAUGUCACCGUCAAAUUCAGAACCAGAAUCGGGCAGCAGAUCCCCUUGGCCACGACCCGGUGGGGCCGUUGGUUCAGCACCAGCCUCACCAGCACCCAGGCGUCGAGAUCCUGCGUUAAGUAACGCGACUCCUGCCUCAACGCCGAAUAGCACACCAGCCGAAAAUACCACACCUGGCACAACACCCAACGAAACUCAAUCAACGGACAAAAGAUAUCAAAAAAUUGGUGGAAGCCCGAGCAGACUCUUAACGAACAGCGCAUUCGGUGCCCUCGGUGGUCUCAGCACUGACCAACGCCUCGUUGCAGAAAGAAUGCGCGGAGUAGCGAUGGUCGUGUGCCACGAUUGUCGCAUUAUGGUGAUACAAAUAAUCAAGAGUUCGCGAACGACACGUGCUACAAUACGCAACAAUGUUAUUUCACGACUCACCCUCAAUCUCUCACCUGCCUACGUUUAAAUUCUCCGAUAAGCUGAUUUGCGUGUGUCAAAUAUACAUUAUGAAUAUGUAUACAAACACAUGCAUACGAUAAAUACUACGUAGGUAUAUAUUAUAAAUGAAUAAUACUGUAAUAUAGUUGGAGAAACGAUUAGAUGUGUCCCGAGUAUGGUUUCCGUAUGAGUGCGCGAGUGUGCGUUCGUGUGUGAAGUUGUGAGUGUGUGUGUCGUUCCCAGUAAUUGAAUGGUCGGAGAUUUUGUAGAUAUUAAUGGGGCCCAAGUACGAAGAAAAUAUCAAGUUUUCGCAAACUUGUGGGAAGAUAGUGUGUCUGUUUUUUUUUUAUAUAUAACAUCAAAACUCUAACAAUCAGUAACAAAGAGUAUUAUGGGAAGAAUGAUUCUCGAAUCUUUAUAAAAAAUUACGUCACAAAAUUAAAAGUACUUCAAUGUGAAAACGAAAAUUAAAACGAUCUGGCUAUGAAUGUUGGAGCGAUAAAUUCACUGGAAAAUGACAUUUUGUAACGAAUCAUCGCCCGAACGUUUUUUCAUCCCUGAAACUCAAAAAUGAACAGGGUUUUUAACUCCUGCAUGUUUUUCAUAUGAAAUAUUUCUUGAUAUUUGAAUGAAUUAUUCCACAAUUGCAACGCAAAGUUUAUAGGAUUGGACAAUUACUUUGCUAGAGUAGCGUGCAAUUGCUUGUCGUUCGAAAUCGAUGUUUUCAAACUUCAGAGUGGUUGAUUAUUGUUUUUAUUUUCGUGUGAUUAUUGAGGUACUACUUGAAAAUUUGAGUGACAGUAAUUUUAGGAAAUUUUUUUAAAAAGAAUAGAUCCUGUUUCCGUUGUUUUUAGAGUUCUAUUUUGCUAUUAACCAAAGCGUUUGUUCCGAGGCAUGCAGAAACGAUGGCCUAAACGAUGAAACGAGGUUUAUUAAUAGUUAGGAGUCUCAGGAAGAAGAAAAUGAAUGAAUCAGGAGAAUACUUCGACGUCGUGGUGUAUCAACGAUAUAUAUAUACAUAUAUAUAUUUCAAAAUUUAUCUCCCGUACUAAUUUCGUUGGCACAAGAUUGUCGGAUGUAUUGUAGGCUAUAUAGAGUUUUAUUCACGGGUAUUAGGGAAGGAAAUGAAGAAAAAAUGACGGUACAAUAAUAAGCUCGAUUAGAAGAGUAACUGGGGAGUGUAAGUAAACGAACAUGAUAACGAAAGAUGAAUGAUACGACACUUCGGGCCUCAUUAUAAAAAGUUAGAUGUAGUCGAAAGCAAUUCGAAGUGAAAAAGACGAACAAAAAAUCGUAUGUCGAUUUUUUUCUGAGUAAAAGAAAAAUAACAGGGUUGGAAUAAUCCCAGAAAAUAUGUGCUGAAUCGAACGAGUUUUGCUUCCACGUUACAGUCUUGAAAGAUACAAUUCGAAAUCAAACCGAACGUAUAAAUGGUGUGCAUUCCUUUCGGAAAUUUUUUGUUUCUCGAAUGUUUCAUCAUUCACAGACUUUUGACGAACGAAACUCGCUCAAUCGUAAUUGACCAUACGAUUUUUCGAUCAAAAUAUGGGCAGGUCCCAAUUUUUUCAAAUAUAUCGCUGUUGACUGAAUGAAUACAAGAACAAAACAAAACGAAAGAGAAGAUUAGCGCUCUAAGUACAACCGAAAUAAAAGCGCGUUAUCAAGUUAUAGGCUUGUACGGCCGAUCAUCAUUCCGGUAAUGAAUAUAUAAAGUCGAUUAAAAAUGAAAAAUUGUUUCAAAAACCAGUGAAAUAAUGUGUGUCAAGUGUAAAAGGUGUUCUUGCUGUCUGAGCCCAACUAAUCUAAACCCUUACCGUAGCAAAGAAAUGUAUAUUUAGGCGAUAAUUCAUCGAAUUUCUGAAGGAACGAGAUACAUUGUGGACCGUAGAUUUUUUCGUUUUCAAAACGCUCAUUAAGUUAUUUAUAUUUAUUCUGUUAAUUGUUACUUUACCGUUUAAAUAGACACUCCCUUUGUUUUGUAUAUAGACUGGAAGACCUUUCAAAGGUGCUAUACAUUUUUUGUUGCUCAUUAUCGUAAUAUUUAUUUGUAUUUUAUCCAUGACGCGCUGAUCGCCGAAUAUGUAGUAGAAUCUUAUUAUUGAAUUUAUUUAUUAUUUCAGCAUACUAUUUAUCCUGGAGCGACUUAGCGGUUUCCGAAAGUUGUUAAAUUGUUGAAUACGGAGUUAGAACUUUGGGUUGAAAUAUGGAGAAAGAACAUUCCUUUAUUCAUGUCCCGAGGCAUUUAAAAAUAUUGUUUAUCAGCUGCACGGGAAUCUAUUGGUUCGCGUUGUAUCUCUAGAAAAAAUAAUGAAAGAAAAGAAAGAGAUAGGGAUAGAGUGAGGCUAAGCGUAAUUUAAUCAAGAGCCAAGUUUCGAUCAAAUGCUACUUUUAAAUGUUACUUAGCGGAAUAAAAUGAUGUAAAAUAAAGAGAUAGGUAUAAUCAGCGUACAUCUCUUCAGGAUUGAAUUCUAUCUCGCGCCACUCAAUCGAUCACAAUUAGUCUCUAUCUUCGCGACAAAUAUAUUGUAACAGUAAGGAAAGAAAAAAGUAAAAAAACAAUGAAGAAUACAGAACAAUGAUUUUUUUUCUUUGCUAUUGUAUUUCACGUAUUCUCGCGGGCAUAAAAAUCAUUUAUCCUCUACGACUAAGUUACGAAAAGUAUUCAACCUUGUUUUGUUACGAACCUGAUAUUCGUUCACUCAGCAGGGUUAUUAUUCCCUCGAAGAUUUAUGCGUUUUGACAACGAGAGCGUCAGUUAAGAAAAAAAUGAAAAUAAAAACAAUUAAAAAACGAUCAAUGCAUUCCCUGCCUCGACAAUAUCUAGAGCGUGGAAUUAAAAACGCAGAUUCUUUAUGUCUAACGAGGAAAACGAUGAAUAAAUAUCUCGAUCAAGCUCACAA